AUGGACAACUCCACAGUGCCGUCGGAGGCGGGACCUCUGGUGUCGAAAGCCUCGUCGAAUGCGACGCGAGCCUCGGCGAGUCUCGCAACACAUGCCCGCCUCAUAUUGGACGAAUUGUUCAUUCCCUUGAAUGAGGACCAAUGUCAUCGGCAUAUCCAGAUGGACCCCAGGACUGACGUCGAGACGCACUGCCCCGUCACGUGGGAUGGAGUUUUUUGCUGGAAUUCGAUACCGUCGAGUUCGGUCGCUGCCCGGUCAUGUAGGAGUCUUUUCGAAAAUGAAGUAGGUUACAGGCCGCCGGAAACACACGUGGACAAUUUAUGGCAAGAUCGCUAUGCGAUUCGCGUAUGUGCACCGAACGGACAAUGGGACUCGCAGACGAACUAUAACGCAUGUUUGGAGCAGAUCCCCAAUCAAGAAGCAUCAUACAGUGUUGUACCGCUGGCGGUAACGUAUCUCAUCUUGAUUUUCUCGUUCAUCUCGUUAAUCUUCCUCCUGGCAUCCGCGUUCAUCUUCAUCUACUUCAGAACAUUGAAAUGCAGCCGGACGAAAGUUCAUGUGAACUUGGUGACGUCCCUGAUCAUUCACUCGGUGAUGCUGAUUGCCAUUUCGGGACCUCUGAUCUUCGACCAAACGUGGGGUCAAGAUGACACCGAGCACAAGCACUUCAUCAAGAAGAAUCCCAUCCUAUGCAAAGCGAUACUGUGUCUUCAAAUGUAUUCUUCAAUGUCGUCCAUAAACUGGAUGUUCGUCGAGGGCCUCCUCCUUCACUCAAAAAUCACAACGUCAAUUUUUAGGAAGAGCGCUCCCUUCAAACUUUACUACAGCCUUGGCUGGGGUCUGCCACUGCUUUUCAUAAUCCCGUGGGCGGCUGAAAUGGAAGCAACAAAUCCUCCGGGGAGUUGUUGGGAAGGUUACGUGCAAUCCGACUGGACGUGGCUCCUUAUUGCACCUCGGCUUACAGCUGUGCUCGUCAACUUCUGUUUCCUGGUUAACAUAGUACGCAUUCUCGUAUCGCGAGUGAAGUCCGCGGAGAAUACGCAAUUCAGAAAAGGUAUGAAGGCAACAUUGUUAUUGUUCCCAUUGCUGGGGAUCACCCACCUAUUCUUCUGUUUCAACCCUCAAGACUCGGACAGGAAAUUGAAAGACGUGUAUAUGAUAACGAACGCUAUCCUCAUGUCUUCCCAGGGGAUAUUCGUCUCAACCAUAUAUUGCUUCAUGAACUCCGAUGUGCAGACCUCGCUUCGCAAUGCUUACUUGAGAGCAACAAUCAGAAGAAAUCCGAAUCGCCGCAGAAAAACCCAUUGUGAGAGUUCGAUGCUUUUCGGUAGUCAAAUUGGAGCCGCGGAGGACCGGAAGGCGACGAGUUUCAACCGAGUCAAAGAAGGCGGGCAUCUAAAAAUCUCCAUGAAAGGUCGCGGUCCUGAGGUACUCCGUAUGGCCAGCCCGACUAGAGUCGUGGUGAUGUCAGACAGCCCGCAGUAA